UUCCUUCUUAUUGGUAGCUCUUUGCCCUUGUCUCGUUUGUUUCCUGGUUUUGGUUAUUGUAGUAUCCAUCUUUCUCAUUGUCAAGUUUCAUCUUUUUUGCCACACCCCACUUCACUCUUUACUUUUCAAGAAAACUUGCCAAUGACUAAUCCCAGAAAUAUUUGGCCUCUUUUCCCAAAAGGGUGUUCUUAUUUUACCAAUAUUCAUCCAGAUGUGAAGUAUUUGAAGUUGAAUUCCAGGCAGUUCAGUACUGUAAAUUUUUCUCAAGAAAAGUUGCCAUUUAGUAAUCCCAGAAAGAUUUGGCCUUUUUCGUCAAAAGGGUGUUUUUAUUGUACCAAUAUUCAUUCAGAUGUGAAGCUUUUGAAUUUGAAUUCUAGGCAGUUAAGUACUGUAAAUUUUUCUGAAGAAAAGUUGGCAUUUAGUAAUCCCAUAAAGAUUUGGCCUUUUUGGUCAAAAGGGUGUUUUUAUUUUACUGGUGUUCAUCCAAAUGUGAGUUGUAGGGGGAUUUGUAGUUAUGUAGAUAAUGAUGGUGAGUUAGAAAGUGAUAAUGAUGUUGAAAGUGAGACUGAUGAGAGUGUGGUGGAGUCGAAGGCGGAUCCUAAAGAGGUGGAUAGGGUGAGUAAGGUUAUUGAUGAGCUGUUUUCUUUGGAUAGGAAUAUGGAGGCUGUUUUGGAUGAAUGUGGGAUAAACUUAAGCCAUGAUUUGGUAGUAGAUGUGUUAGAGAGGUUCAAGCAUGCUAGAAAACCAGCAUUCAGAUUCUUUUGUUGGGCGGCUCAGAGGCCAGGGUAUGCUCACGAUUCAAGAACGUAUAAUGCAAUGAUGACAAUACUUGGAAGGGCGAGGCAGUUUGAGACUAUGGUCUCGGUUCUUGAAGAAAUGGGGGAGAAAGGUUUGCUUACAAUGGAGACGUUUUUGAUCUCCAUGAAAGCAUUUGCUGCAGCAAAAGAGCGGAAGAAAGCUAUUGGGAUGUUUGAGUUGAUGAAGAAGUACAAGUUUAAAGUUGGGGUGGAGACAAUCAAUAGUUUGCUUGAUGCCCUAGGAAGGGCAAAGCUUGGGAAAGAAGCACAAUUAUUGUUUGAGAAAUUGGAGCAUAGAUUUACACCAAAUUUACAAACAUAUACAGUUUUGCUCAAUGGUUGGUGUAGGGUAAAAAAUCUGAUGGAGGCUGGUAAAAUCUGGAAUGAGAUGAUUGAUAAGGGUUUUAAACCUGAUGUUGUCGCCCAUAACACGAUGCUGGAAGGGCUGUUAAAGUGUAAAAAAAGGUCCGAUGCGAUCAAGCUGUUUGAGGUUAUGAAAACAAAGGGUCCAUCACCUAAUACAAGAAGUUAUACGAUCUUGAUCCGGGAUUUGUGUAAGCAGGGUAAGAUGGAUGAAGCAGUUGCUGGCUUUGAGGAAAUGCUUAGUUCCGGAUGUGAGGCAGAUGCUGCAACUUUUACCUGUUUGGUAACAGGCUUUGGAAAUCAAAGGAAGAUGGAUAAAGUCUUCGCAUUGCUGAGAGAGAUGAAAGAAAAGGGAUGCCCACCUGAUGCACGACUGUAUAAUGCACUGAUCAAAUUAAUAGUAAAUCGACGAAUGCCAGAUGAUGCGGUUAUGUUAUACAAAAAGAUGAUCCGAAAUGGAAUUCAACCAACUCUGCACACUUACAAUAUGUUGAUGAAAUCAUUCUUCAUGACAAAGAACUAUGAAAUGGGUCAUGCAACUUGGGAGGAGAUGAGUCUGAGGGGUUGCUGUCCCGAUGAAAAUUCUUACACUGUUUACAUUGGAGGGCUUAUACGGCAGGGGCGCUCUAUGGAGGCUUGUAAAUACUUGGAAGAAAUGAUAGACAAAGGCAUGAAAGCACCUCAACUUGACUACAACAAAUUUGCAGCUGAUUUUUCUCGGGCUGGUAGGCCUGAUAUACUGGACGAGUUGGCUAAGAGGAUGAAGUUCUCCGGAAAGUUUGAGGUCUCAAGUCUCUUUGCUAGGUGGGCUGAGAUGAUGAAGAGUAGAGUAAAGUGUAGGGAUCCCAUCUGAUUUGCAAUGCCAAUAUCAAUGACAAAGGAGUGUCACAUUUUGUUAUCAGAAUAUCUCAUAAGCUGCAAAUGACAAAAAAAGGCGUAAAGCUGUACUUCAGAUGGAAUCAUGUGGAAGUUUUCUGUCAGGAUCUCAGAUUUAAUACAUUAUGAUGGAAAAAAGCAAAAAUUUGAGAUUGUGGGUGGAGGAUUAGCACAUAACAUGUAGAUAUGUAUAGUUGCUUGAGCAAGUUCUUUACAAAUUGAACAGUUUGGGGCGCAGUAAUUGCUAAAAUAUUCUUUCAAGGAGAAGGCGAAGGAAAGGCCAGUUUGAGUCAUAAAGUUGUUGAUGACUCAAGGUUUAUAUUAGGAAAGGAGAAUGAGUGGAUGAGGGGUAGCUUUUGCCCCAAUCAUCCAAUUUGCUCCAACAUCUCGAAGCAAACAUGUAUGGUUCUAUAGUCAAUGUCAUUUCGUCACUUCAUGUACAUUGGCCCGAGGAAAUACAAUUAUACAAAUUUCCGCGUCA